AUGGGUUUUGCAAGAAGUUUUCAAUGGAUGUGGAAAUCAAAUGUCGAUCCAUUCUCAGAUUCUGAACCAGCAGAAUGGAAACCGUAUUCUGAUGUAGAAAAUUUAAUUAUUGAAGAAGCAUAUACAACUAGUCGAACACUAGCUGUCUUAGAGAAUUAUAUUAUUACUUUCGAAAAUACUAUGCAAACUUCCAAGACUGAUGAAAACAAACAACGUCCUGUUAAAAGAAUCAAAUGUAACGCUGAUGAUAAUCAUCUACGAGAAGAUCGAUUUAUUUUUAGUCCUAUGAAUGCUGAACGUCCAUUUGGUGGAUUAUACGGAUGGAUAUCACCUUUCAUUAGAGAGACAAUGAAAUAUCUAGAUAUUAGACCACAUCAAUUACCCUCGACUAAUGAAGUAAUUGUUCCUAUGAUUGUAACAAAAGCUGCUGAUGGCAUUAUCGAAGAAGCUAAACGGAUUGGAAGAAAAAUUGAAGGUGAAGAAUUAGCAAGAUUUUUAUUGGAUAAGAAAGAUGCAGGAAUGGAAGAAGUAUGGGAACGUUGUGCUUAUAUGUAUACUUUACAAACCUUUUUGUACAAGAUAAUAGGUGAGGCUAUGCGUUGGAUAGGAAGUGAAAAAUUUGAGCGCCGUUGGUUCGAUAAAGUGCGUACAUUAGGACCAUUCUGUUUACUUUUAUGGGAUAAUCCAUACUGUUAUGAACCGACAAAAAAUGGAACAGUACUAUAUAGAGGAAUUAAGAUCGAUGAUGAUAUAAUUAGUGCUUUUCAGAAGGAAUGUUCGAAAAAAGAGAAAACAUUGUGUUCUCUUCAAGCAUUCACUUCAUGCAGUCGAAAUCGAACCAAAGCUGAAGAAUUUGGCAAUGUUUUAUUUAUAAUGACAAUUAAACACGCUUUUACUGUAGAUCUUCAGCCUGUGUCCUAUUAUCCACACGAAGAAGAAGAAUUAAUUCUUCCUGGUGUUUGCUUUACGGCUGACCGUAUGGAAUUUGAUAAACGCACAAAUAAACAUGUAAUUUACUUGAAUCUUAUACAACAGCAUCGGCGAGACGACGAUUAUCAAGUGUCAAGGUAUUCUGUCAACUCAAAACGUCAGGGUGAUGCUAUUUCUCGUACUUUUGAUGCUUUUACUCGUGAUUUUCGUGAUGCUGCUGCUCAUGAUGAUGAUCUUUUUCUUCGACUUGGCAAUCGUGGUCGUCCUGGUUUUCUUCGUCGUGCUGUUGAUCGUCUUUUUCGUCGUCGUGAAGGUAUUUGUCGUACUGGUUGUGAAGAUGAUUAUGAUUAA